AGGCGCGCGGACCUGUCCACGAGCCCUCACUGCGGAACGCGCGGGGCUGCCACUGGAGAUUCCGAACCAACGCUUAUUUUGGAUUCUGAGACCCACGCGCAGACGCUCACAUUCCUUUCCCCCCUAAUUGCCCCCCACUUUCAAUGGACCGCGUCUGACAUCUGAAAGGAGAAAAAUAGCCUUCAUCCACUGGGAAGAGGUGGCCGUGGACGGAGUGGGUCUCAGAAUCACAGUUGUGUGGAUAUAUCAGUGGGGGGGUUGAUGGAGAAGAAGUGGAUGGAUUAAUCUCACGACGGAGACGCGUUUUUGAUUCCCACUCCUGUCGAGGGCACCCGAAUGGAGUAACAGGCUGCAAUGUCAUCUCCACCUGGCUGCCUGGAGAGAUGUGUCACGGGAAUGGGAUCAAGUUUGAACACUUUUCCUCUGGUCUGACUGAUGCUUUGAGAAGGAGCCAAAAUGCCAGGAAAAGGACAAGUCCCAGCGGCCGCCCGCGCGGGCCCUCGCCCAAUGGAAGUAAAAGUCAACAGCAGGGACUCCGCAGAAGAAGGCGCAAAGCCCCCGUUAGCGCAAACCCGCAGCGGCAGACACGCAUUGUGACACCGAAGGGUAUGAUGGGUGUAGUGGGCUGGGUGCUACUCCUACUCUCUUCAUUUAUGGCAUCUGUGGGGUCCCAAAAACCUCCAGGGCUAAGUGUGGGGGUGAUUCUCGGCCAAACUCGCCAAGUGUCUGACCAGGAAAUCCGGCCGCUGCGGCGCCCUGAAGACAUCCUUGAUGUCUCUGUGAUUACACUGAGGAUGAACCAAACAGACCCAAAGUCUGUGAUUACACAGAUGUGUGAGCUUGUGUCUCGCACACGCCUCCAUGGCAUUGUGUUUGCUGAUGGCACCGAUCAGGAGGCCAUAGCCCAAAUCCUUGACUUCCUGUCUGUUCAGACACAACUUCCUGUGCUGGGAGUCCACGGAGGUUCCUCUAUGAUUAUGGCCGACAAGGAUGAGAAGUCCACUUUCUUCCAGUUCGGUGCGGCCCUGCAGCAGGAGGCUCUGCUCAUGCUCGCAAUCAUGGAGGAGUAUGAUUGGCAUGUUUUUUCCAUCGUCACUUCAAAGUUCCCGGGGUAUCAGGAGUUCAUCAGCACGCUGAAGAUAACUGUGGAUCACAGCUUUGUGCGCUGGGACCUACAAAGCGUAGUGACACUCGAUGCUGUGGAUGGUGACCCAAACUCAAAAUCACACAUUGCCCUCAAGAGGAUCCAGAGCCCAGUUAUUCUGUUGUACUGCUCCAAGGAUGAAGCCAUGUACAUACUGGAAGAGGCGCGAUCCUUGGGUCUGAUAGGAGCAGGUUAUAUCUGGAUUGUGUCCAGCCUCACCACUGGGAACCCAGACUUCACCCCUGAGGUGUAUCCUCUGGGGAUGAUUUCGGUGUCUUAUGACGACUGGGAGUACCCGCUGGAGAAGCGGGUGCGGGAUGGAGUGGUUAUAAUUUCCUCUGCAGCCACCUCCAUGCUGCGGGAAAAGGGAGAGCUGCCAGAGGCCCAGAGCAGCUGCUACAGCACAGCAUCCGACAGGAGCCCGGGGAAGCUCCCACCCAGUGCCCUGCGCAGACACAUGAUGCAUGUGUGGAAUGAGGGCCGAGACCUAUCUUUUACCCCGGAUGGUUACCAGGCAAACCCCAAAUUGGUUGUCAUCGUUCUGAACAAUGAAAGAAAAUGGGAGAAGAUGGGCCGCUGGGAGAACGGGACUUUAUCGUUGAUGUUCCCAGUGUGGCCCAGGUACAACGCCUACGGGGAUGAGGAUGCAGAUGAAAACCACCUUUCUAUUGUCACUCUGGAGGAGAAGCCUUUUGUCAUCGUGGACAAUGUGGACAUCUUGACGGGCACCUGCAUGAGGAACUCUGUGCCCUGCCGGAAACACGUCAAACUGAACAGCACAUCAGGAGGUGCCUACAUCAAGCAGUGCUGCAAAGGUUUCUGCAUUGACAUUUUGAAGAAGAUAGCCAGGAACGUCAAGUUUACUUAUGACCUUUACCUGGUUACCAACGGGAAACACGGGAAGAAAAUCAACAAUAUGUGGAACGGCAUGGUUGGAGAGGUGGUGUACAAAAAGGCUGUGAUGGCUGUCGGGUCGCUGACCAUCAAUGAGGAGAGGUCAGAGGUCAUUGACUUCUCUGUGCCUUUUGUUGAAACUGGCAUCAGUGUCAUGGUGUCCCGUAGUAACGGAACAGUCUCUCCUUCCGCCUUCCUGGAGCCCUUCAGUGCAUCGGUUUGGGUGAUGAUGUUUGUGAUGCUGCUCAUUGUCACCGCCAUUGCUGUCUUCCUCUUCGAGUUUAUCAGUCCACUGGGCUUCAACCGCAACUUGGCUCAAGGCAAAGACCCACAUGGUCCAUCAUUUACCAUCGGUAAGGCCAUCUGGCUGCUCUGGGGUUUAGUGUUCAACAACUCUGUGCCUGUGCAGAACCCUAGAGGCACCACCAGUAAAUUCAUUGUGUCCGUAUGGGCCUUCUUUGCUGUCAUCUUCUUGGCCUCCUACACUGCCAACCUGGCUGCCUUCAUGAUCCAGGAGGAGUUUGUGGAUCAAGUCACUGGACUGUCUGACAAGAAGUUUCAGAGUCCAUACUCCUAUUCCCCUCCGUUUCGUUUCGGGACCGUUCCCAACGGCAGCACUGAGCGGAACAUUCGAAAGAACUAUCCGGACAUGCAUCAGUACAUGACCAAAUACCACCAGACUGGUGUCACAGACGCACUGGUCAGCCUCAAGACAGGAAAGCUGGACGCCUUCAUCUAUGAUGCUGCAGUCUUGAACUAUAUGGCAGGCAGGGACGAUGGCUGCAAGCUCGUUACCAUUGGCAGCGGUUACAUCUUUGCCACAACCGGUUACGGCAUUGCACUUCAAAAAGGAUCCUACUGGAAACGGCACGUUGAUCUGGCCAUACUGAGCAUCAUAGGAGACGGUGAGAUGGAGGAGCUGGAGGCACAGUGGCUGACCGGGAUCUGCCACAACGAAAAGAAUGAGGUGAUGUCCAGCCAGCUGGACGUGGACAACAUGGCAGGAGUCUUCUACAUGUUGGCAACAGCUAUGGGUCUCUCCAUCCUAACCUUCAUCUCGGAGCAUCUUUUCUACUGGAGGCUGAGAUACUGCUUCACUGGUGUCUGCUCGGGAAGGCCUGGGCUGCUUUUCACCAUCAGCAGGGGUAUAUGGAGCUGUAUCCAUGGAGUCCAUAUAGAUAUGAAGAAAAAGAACCCAGAACUGGAUUUCAGUCCUCAAGCCAACAUGCUUCACUUGCUCAAGUCUGCCAAAUCCCUUGCCAUGUCUUCACCUAAACGCAACACUGUCCUCCUGCAGCCAAGCAUCCUCGAUGUGAUGUCAGGGAAAGGUAACUCACUUCAUAGUCUGCCUCAGAAGGGUCCUGGUCUCUAUAGCAACGCUGCAGGUCCACAAGGUUUCUCAUCAUUGUCCGGGAGACACAAAAACGUCCUUAAUAAUGCUGCACCAUUUCCUGGGCAACAACAAGGCCCUGCUCUCCAGACCAGCCCCAGCAAGCCCCAACUGUCAAUCACCAAUGACAAGGUCCGCCUCCCCGCACAGGCUGGUACUGCAUCAAAGCCUCGAACACUGUGGAAGAAAAGCGUUGAGACAUUGAAGACGCAGCCAAGUGUCAUAUCACCGGGCCCAAGCUCCACUCCGGCAUCAGGGAGCGGACCUCCGCAAAUGAAGAGCCAGCGCUACCUGCCUGAGGAACCACAGCACUCAGACAUGUCCGAAUGUUCCAGCCGCCCGCCGUCGCAUAAAGAUUCUGACUCCAUGGCUGCGAGGGGCGGAUUUAAGCCAAUCAGUCAGCUGAGGAAGAGGGGUGGGGGUGGAGGAGGAGGGGCGGGAGGUGGGACUGGAGGAAACAGUGGUGGAGGUACAGGGUCCAGGAUCUACUCAAUUGAUUCUGAUCAGGGGAGCCUCCAGUCUGCCUCACCAUACCAGAGGGAUAGCCAGGGGGGAGGGGACGACCACAGUUACCCACCUGAGCAGUUUCAACCUGAGAGCACUUACUCGCACACACAUACACACCAGCCAGACACACCCAUUUUGCAGCUGAGUGCAAGUCUUUUGCACCACAGUCACAGUGCCGAGGCUGACCUAAACUCUUUAAAGGACAAAAAGUACAGCACAUACACACACAGCAGUUCGAAAGACAAGUCUGGAGGUUCCUUUGAUGCUCCAUUUACAGCUGCAGGGACGCAAGGGGGCAGACCCAGCCACUGUCGUACCUGCCUGACAAAGCUGAGCGGAUACUCUGGCCUCUACACUGUACGCUCUCCUCAAGCUCGCUGCGAUGCCUGCGCCCACCUAGGAAACCUGUAUGACAUCAGCGAAGAUCACCUGCACUCACACUACUCCCACUCUCACCCACACAGCGGGGACAUGUUUACACACUACCUUCCCCAGAGCGAGCUAGGCCUUGUGGGUGAGGGGGACGGACUUGUAAGCCACUUGGAGGCGUCCCCCUCCUCUCCAUCUCCUCUUCCUACUUCGUCUUCAGCCCAGCAACUCCAGCUGAGUCGUCAGCACUCUUAUGAGAACGUGCUUCCGGAUGGCAUUCCCGAACUGCACCACUUACGGGGACUGAGCCUUCCUGACAGGGACCGAGACAGGGAGCUGACCCUGGAUGAGGGGGCUUAUGCCAACGUGCUCACAAUGCGCUCUGACCGUCCGUACAGCAGCCGCAGCCCCCCUUCUCCAUCCCCGUCCCACCACCAUAGUCUGGAUAUUCCUCUGCCUCUGCCCCGGCGUUCAAAAAGCUUGUUGCCUGAUCGUCCUUCGCACAACCCUUUCCUCCAGUCAGCACCUGGCACAGCACAACGAGAUCCUGCCUCGCAGGCUGCCUCACGCAUGCCGCAUAGAAGUUCCACCCACGAGCUUUAUAAGCAACGGAUGCCCCUGACGCUUACCCUCGGUAACCAUGGCAGCCAUCACAUCAACCAGCAUGGCAGCCAUAUCGACCAACAGGUGUUCUAUCCCCAACAGGAGCCUCCUGUGGUUUCCUACAUGGUACCACCUGCUGCCUCUCAGCCAAUGAGCUAUGUGACAGCACCGCGAGCCUCGAGCGCAGGCGGCAACCGACCCCGGCUGUACCGUCGCAUGCCCAGCAUCGAGUCUGAUGUCUGAGAGUCACAAACGGCACUCUUCCUCUCACUGAAACACAAAAGCAUGCAGGAAAGGGGUGGAGGCGUGUGUGUGACUGGACCAGGCAGCUCCAAUUCUGAGCGCGCACACAGAGAAAAACAUGCAAACACACCCAGGUGAAAGACAAAAAGGUCUACUCUGGACCAAAAGGUUAACCGUGAUACUGAGUAAAUAAAUCAUUGUUUCUUUACAACACUCACUUUAGGGCAGGGUUGGGGCCACGGGGACACCUGGAGGCACAGCACAGGAUGACUUGUGUAUGUGAAUGUCAUUCAGUGUGUGUACUUGCCUCAAGCUGUGGGCAAUGAGGCACGAACUGACAAUAUGCCUGACAAGGUGGAUGGAAAUCCAGGUGGAAUAAAAAGGACGCUGUACAGUGGGAUCUAAUGGAAAACACAGCUGUGAGCCAAGAUGUCCUGCCCUCACAUCAACCUCUUGGAUACAAAAUGGGGGGAGGGGUUUAAACAGAAUCCCUUUCUUUCUGAAAUGACACACAUUCACUUACAUACACGUUUCACUUGAACACUCUUGACGCUGUCCAGGACCCUCUUUUUUGCACUAUGAUUUCUACAGUCAACCUGUAUGUUGUCUGGCCCUCCAAACUGCAUCGCCAGCAUGGCUAAUAGAGAAGUUAACCACACUAAAGUAAUCCUUGACUUGAAUGGAAAUUCCUAUCUAUGUAAAAGACCAGACUGCAUGCCUCGCAGUCUGGUCUGAAAAAAGAUCUAAGAAGUGUAUCAGUUUCUGCCUACAGAUGUACAAACACUGGAACACACACACACACACACUCGGAAACACAAAAUGCUGUGUCUGUUUUUUUAAUGGGACGUGCAACUACCGACUGUUUGUUAUCGUUGAUGUCAGCCAAUUGAACAUUCCAAAAAGUGGACCGAACAUGGCCACCAGUAAAAGCCUCUCAGGAUGAGAGUGUGUGUUCUAGUGUUUCUAGAUCUAGAGACGUACAGCAUAGCAUCCUCGCUUCCUCUCUUAGCUAGCCUUCAGGUUUUUCUGCAUGCUUCCUACUGCCCUGUGUUACAGUUAAACUCCUAUACAGGGUUAUAUAUGCACACUCGCGCAUACAGUACAUCCAGAUGACACACACGCACACUUAUAUGCACAUACGCAGUAGUUUAUGAUCGUAGAUUAGGGUGGGUGUGUGUGUCGGGGCUUUGGAAUAGCUCCUCUUUGUGCACUUUGUAGAUUUUAUAUCCUGCCACCAACACAAACGUUUGACCAAAAACACUUUUAUACUGAGUGAGAUGAAUAUUUUCAACCAUUCGCUGGAUAGAUCUUUUCCAUUUUCUCCUGUUUAUCUUUAACAGUGGAUUUUAGGGAAUCGAACAGUGGACAGCUCAAACGGUUUUCAUUGUCAGGUCAGAGUUUUUAUAGCGUUAGAUGAUGGGUACACCAUCAAACAUUAACAAAAAAAGGAAGAACUCUUAAUCUUUCUCUUUUUUUGUGCUCAUCUUGCCUUCUAGCCUUUUGAUCUGUUCUCAUCUGGUUGUUUUUGUUUAUUUCCUCUAAAUUACUUCCUCUUUGCUCUUUUCCUGCAUCCCUCCUCCCUGUAGAGUAGAUAAAAUAUCAAAAGAAGAAAGUUCAGUGGUGGUGUUGGAAAAAAAAUCAACAUGUUGCUGGAAAUCACUUUAAUAUCAGUAGUUGUGAGAAUGCAGUCAGCACUGGCUCUUUUAGGAUGCAGUGUCAUUUUGUUGUUUGUGUAAAACAAAAGGACUUGAGGCCCAUUAAAUGUUUCUGCAGUGUAUCUAAAGGCUAAGUGUAAUGCAAAUGUAUUCAUGAAUUGAAAACCCCUGGACACACGUCAGAGCUGCAGGUACUUUUGCAGCUCUGUGUUUGUGAAAACAUAGAAGUGUCUGUCAGCAGAGAGACGUGUGGCAGUGCAGAUUUUGCAAAGUGGCUGGGUAUAGAGGUAACAUCACACUCGAAAAGAUGGCAAAGUCUGUAUAAGGGUUUCAAAAAUCCAUAAUCUACUGAGUGAGGGCAUUGAUUUUAGGGCACAAGGAUUUUGAUGGAAACAAGACUUGAUAUGCCAUUAGCUGAGUGUCUGUCUCUAUUCUCUUUCCUACUAAUUUCAUUUCUCAUCAUACAUACAAACACUCACACACAAACACACACAUAAUGACAACAAAGAAAAGCAGGAGAGUCUAUAUAAAAAAAUUAAUAGUGAGCGCUGCCCCUUUUCUAUCAGUGUCAACAGGUUUGGUGUGUGAGUUAUAUGCACAAUAUCAGGUUGCAAUAUUAUACUUCUGUACAGAUAAAUCUUAGUUUUAACUGUUAGAAACUGAUUUUAUUUAUUUUAAUUGAAUGGUAUUAAGUAUUAAACUCAUUUCAAUGAUGAUGUGGCUUUUUAUUAUGCUUCUAAAAAGAAAGGCAUGUUUUAGAUCUUUUUUGUGAUUUUUUUUUUUUUUUUUCCUCCCUCCGGCUUGUUGCUGGUUGGAACCUUAUUGUACAGUCAUCACUACUAGGUUAACGAUCUAGUUAACUAUGUGAGCCAGGUAACGAAUUGACUAGUUCCACAUAGCCAGGUCUUUCAUUUUGAAGCACACUCAAUGAAUAAUGACAGUCCAGCCUGUGUGGUUAAAACAAAAUCCCAUCCCUCCCACAGUGUUCUCCUCCACUACCAGUCUGCUGUCUCACUUUUGCGUGUGUGCGGGUGUGUGAGUGCGUUUUACACUGUGAAAGCAUUUAUAUAAAACAGUGGACAUGUAUUUAGAGGUUGCUUGUGGUGUGUCCCUGUAGGUGUGUGUAUGCUUUUGGUACUCUCUUCCCUCCAUCCUACUCAAAACUCACCUAUAAAUGCACACACACACCUGUGCUGUUGUAGGUAGAGCAUUUAGAGGGAUUUUUUUCUAUUUCAAUUAUCACAGAGAUUUUUACACAAACUUAUCAUCUUUAUUUCAUUUCUUUCUUCUGGUUUUUAUUUUUUUAAUUUUUUUUUUUUGCAUGAUGCGGUUAUGGUAGUACCUGAUUUUCUGCAACACUCAAGUUUUUCCUGAGUUUGACUUUCUGGGCUAUGCGAACUCCGGCAUGUACCAUUUCACCCCAGCUGUGCCCCUUCUGAUCAGUAAAGCCUGCAUUUCGCAGCCUAUGGCCUGUGAUGUGAGCUGUAUUGCACUGGGUAGGCACCAGUGCAAAGAUAGUUUUCUGUCAUAGAGGUGUAUAAGACACAACAGGCAAGCAUUGAUCUUGGUCUGGUCUUCAAAUGCACAGCUCUGGGUGAAAAGUAUGUGUUGGUGGGCAGCCCCGUGGGUCUUCCCACUGUGUAUUUCACGUGUAUCAGUUCAGGGGUUUUAAAGCUAUUAGUUGUGUUGUAAAUAAUACCUUGUCACUCAGUAUCUCUGUACAAUCUGUAAAUAAGUAAAGGUUACAUUUUUGUA